UCUCUGGAGACCCAUGGAGGGAGAUGGCGGGUAAUCCCAGGGAGAAGGAUCACUUCAGCCAUGCGCCGCGGAUAUUAAACGCCUUAGACUAUACUACAUGCCGGUGGGAUCGACUAAGUGGGUGGAUAUUUGGACAUAACACAGGAAUUGAUCCCUUGACGCGCAGAAUGAACCGCGAAAGGGACAGAUGGGACGCGGGCAAACCGGAGACUUUGUUGGCAAUUUUGUGGAAUCCACGUAGCGUCACUAUGGAGCCUUUAUUUUCUCUGAGCUGCUCAGAAAGCCUUCGUGUCUUCACAGAGGUGAAGGAAGUUAAGUGAGGUGAGCUUGUAGUAGAAUGGUCCUCCUCGGAUGGGACUCUGAGGGAAGGCGAUGGCAGCUUUUCACCACAGCAACCCAACGGACAGGGACAUCAGGAGGGUUCUCCAAAAACUUCUAAUCAUGCUCUCUCUGGGAAUAAUCUGUGUCUCUCUUUUCUACUUCCUCGCGGGAUGCUGCGAGUCGGACAUAAGGGAAAACUCCAUCUCUCAAAGACCCGCCAGUGAGUUUCUUUUAUCAGGAUGGUAUCAUGACAGAAACGGGACGUUGUAUAAGGACGUUGUAAUGGUACAGAAUGAAGAUGGAUACCCAGUAGCCGGGGAGAGGAGCACAAUAACUCCGGUUUUGGAGACGAAUAACUCGGUUAAAGAUUUGAUGGCGACACGGCGGUUACCCCAAGCCCUCAUUAUAGGGGUAAAGAAGGGUGGCACGAGGGCUCUUUUGGAGUUUCUCAGGCUGCACCCGGACAUCCGCGCGCUGGGCUCUGAACCGCACUUCUUUGACCGGCAUUACGCACGAGGUUUGGACUGGUACAGGAGUAUGAUGCCCAGGGCCUUGGAUGGCCAGGUUGUCAUGGAGAAGACACCGCGUUAUUUUGUUACCGUGGAGACCCCGGGGCGUGUACACUCCAUGUCGCAUGACGUGAAGCUGAUUGUGGUGGUCCGAGACCCUGUGACCCGGGCCAUCUCUGACUACACCCAGAUCAUCUCCAAGACCCCCCACAUCCCCACCUUCGAGACCCUCGCCUUCAAGAACCGCACCAAUGGUGAGAUCGACUCUCUGUGGAGCCCUCUAUGGAUCGGACUGUACGCCCAGCACCUGGAGCGUUGGCUGGCCUGGUUCCCCCGGGCCCAGAUCCAUCUGGUCAGUGGGGAGGGCCUCAUCUCCGACCCAGCCGGAGAACUAGGAAAGGUCCAGGACUUUCUGGGCCUUCAGAGGAUUGUGACGGACAAGCACUUCUACUUCAAUAAGACUAAAGGUUUCCCCUGCCUGAAGAAACCGGAGGGCAGCAGCAAGCCCCACUGCCUGGGGAAGACUAAAGGCAGGACACACGCCUCCAUUGAUCCGGAAGUGAUCCGGAGACUGAGGGAGUUCUAUAGGCCGCACAACCAGCGGUUCUAUCAGAUGGCUGGCCAGAACUUUGGAUGGCAAUGAGGACUCAGUAGGGAUACCAAGGUAAAUCAUGCAUCCAGAGUAACAAAGACACUCAGGCAUGGUUCACAGGGACAGGGACAGGGACAGACAUUAAUGCCAUGUUGGACAUGCAGGACAAAUCUAAUAAGACCAACUACAAUCCACAGCAUGUGCUCUUUGAUUACAACCUUAUUGAUGCCCAAAGCGAAAGAGUACACUUUCUACUCAAACAGGCAUAAAUCCUUCUCACAAAUCGAUUUUCAUACUAUUAUCUACACCUCCAUUUUCUAUAAUCAAGAAAAUAGAAAUUGGACAUAUGAGCUUGUCUGACCACCAUGCUUACCACUGCCAACUGUCAGAAUCUCCUAAAAUACCCACAAGAUGGCGUUUCAACGUUUCUUUCACACAAAAACCCUACAUUCUGUAAUCAAUUUGAAAUUGAGAUAAAUUAAUUCAUAACGAUCAAUAACAAAAAGUGGUCGAUGACCCCAGGAUUCUAUGGGAUGCCAGCGUAGGUUUUUGCUAAAGAUAAUGCAUUUGUAUCUGUUUUGAAUAAAUCACAAUCAAAAAAAUAUAUCAGAUUUGGAAAUGUUGUGCACUUUUAGAGCUAAACAAACACUAUUUCCAGACCAGGUAACUAUUACUCUUUCCAAAGUCAUGACAGAACUUCGUUUAUUGAUAAAGACAGAGUGCAGAACUUGCCUUCCAUCGAGUUCGAUUCAACCAUUACUUCCAUGGUCCCAUUCGUUUACUGGCUGACAAACUACGCAGUAACAAACAAUUAGCUGGCAAAGCGGCUAUUGAAUCUGAAACAUUGAAAUUACUAUCAGAACCCAAAUGAAUCAAUCAAAGAUUCUUCCGCUUUUAUAAAUAACUGUACACCUCUGAUUAUAAAUCCACACCAAAAAAUAAUGAAGAACUCUUCUCUCAACAGAGAAAGACAACUUGCCGGGAUCCCAAAUCUCGCUCAAUGAACUGAAAGGGGAGUUGGAUGGCAUGAAUAAAGGCAAACCACCUGGAUGGGUGGUUAUUCCUCCUGAGGUCUAUUUAACAUUUUGGAAUCAAUUAGGUUGAAAUGUUAAAUACGUUCACAAAGGGUUCAUUUGGACGAGAUGUGAUACAAUGUAAUGACAUAGCCACAUACUGUUGAUACAAUGUAAUGACAUAGCCACAUACUGUUGAUAGAAUGUAAUGACAUAGCCUCAUACUGUUGAUACAAUGUAAUGACAUAGCCACGUACAGAGUAAUGACAUAGCCACAUACUGUUGAUAGAAUGUAAUGACAUAGCCACAUACUGUUGAUACAAUGUAAUGACAUAGCCACGUACAGAGAAAUGACAUAGCCACAUACUGUUGAUACAAUGUAAUGACAUAGCCACGUACAGAGAAAUGACAUAGCCACAUACUGUUGAUAGAAUGUAAUGACAUAGCCACCUACUGUUGAUAAAAUGUAAUGACAUAGCCACGUACAGAGUAAUGACAUAGCCACAUACUGUUGAUAGAAUGUAAUGACAUAGCCACAUACUGUUGAUACAAUGUAAUGACAUAGCCACGUACAGAGAAAUGACAUAGCCACAUACUGUUGAUACAAUGUAAUGACAUAGCCACAUACUGUUGAUACAAUGUAAUGACAUAGCCACAUACUGUUGAUAGAAUGUAAUGACAUAGCCACAUACUGUUGAUACAAUUUAAUGACAUAGCCACGUACAGAGAAAUGACAUAGCCACAUACUGUUGAUACAAUGUAAUGACAUAGCCACAUACUGUUGAUACAAUGUAAUGACAUAGCCACGUACAGAGUAAUGACAUAGCCACAUACUGUUGAUAGAAUGUAAUGACAUAGCCACAUACUGUUGAUAGAAUGUAAUGACAUAGCCACAUACUGUUGAUACAAUGUAAUGACAUAGCCACGUACAGAGAAAUGACAUAGCCACAUACUGUUGAUACAAUGUAAUGACAUAGCCACAUACUGUUGAUACAAUGUAAUGACAUAGCCACGUACAGAGUAAUGACAUAGCCACAUACUGUUGAUAGAAUGUAAUGACAUAGCCACAUACUGUUGAUACAA